AUGUUUUAUGGUCAUUACAGUUGUGCUUGGAUCAUUAAAGUUUUAGAACCUAAGAUCCCAUUAUGGACCUUGAUGAUUGCAGUUCAGAUAGAAGAAGCCCACAUUGUUCGUGGAUAUACAAAAGUAAAUGAUUUAAAAUUGGUUUCUAUUCCAUAUACUCACUCUUUAAUCGCCGUAAUUGGAUGGAGCAUAUUAUAUGGAUCAUGGUAUAGAUUUUCUGGUUAUGAUGGUGGAAAUCGUGCCGCGUACUUGAUAGGAUUGGCUGUGCUUUCUCAUUGGUUUGAAGAUUUGUUGGUCCAUAAUGAAGAUUUAUUAUUAUUGACGAUUGAUGAUAAUGCACCAAAAUAUGGAUUCAAAUUAUGGGAUUAUCCCGAAAUACAUCAUCCAUUUGAAUUACUAUUAUUCUUUGGUUCGUUUUACUAUUAUUUAGUAAAUACUGAAGUACAUCCAUCAAAAAUUUAUUCAGCACAAAAUGAUCAAACAAGGGAAAUUACUACAACAAUCUCGAAUUUAACUAAUAAAACUACUAAUCAUCAUGAAAGAUCACAAAAUUAUUGGGCUAGCAAAUGGGGUUCGAUUAUAUUAUCGGUAGAUUCUUUCUUGACCAUUUCUGUGAUUUCAACUUUUUUAGUAUUAAUAAAUCCAUUAUUCGUUCAUUCUUAUAAAACAUUUUCGUAUAAUGAAACGGAGCCAGGAUAUCAAAUUUAUCAGGUGUUAGCUUAUCGGGAUGGAACUUCGGUGGUUUACCUGACUAAACCUAUAAAUGAGACCUGCAAUGAACCAAGAAUUGAUCUUCGCAUUAUACAUCCAAAUGGCACAGUCGAUAAAGUAGAAGUGGAUUAUCCAAUCCCAGAUUUUAAUUUUUGUCUUUUACCAAAUGACACAUAUUUACAUAUUGCGCUUUUUCCCCAUAUGCCAGAAUUUAUCUACAUUCUUUAUGAAAACUCCACUGAUUUAAAUUCGGCAAGUUAUUAUACAUUACUUGUUACUCGCACCGGAAAAAUCAUCAGCAAUACAUUUCUCUCACAUGUUUCUGUAGAAAAUGGAACAUUAACUAGCUCUGGAUUUAUGAUUCCACACUCUAACGAUGAACAAGGCUUUCUUUUCUAUGAUUAUAUAAAUGAAUCCAAACUGAAAUGGAUUUACUUUAGUCCGUAUUCGAAUGGAAACUUCAAAGCAAUAAAUAAUGGUCAGAUUGAUCAAAAUAUAUCAGAAAUUUUUCCCGCGAUUGAUGGAACCUUUGGAAUUGUUACUACAAUUAAUAAAAAUGUUAUAAAUAGAGCUCACGAUGAUUUAAUUGAUCCAACUGAAUCAACAUUUGAACUUUAUAUAACUUUCGUUAGACCAAAUAAAAAUGUUGUUGAUGGGCCAUUCUUACUUUAUCAAACUUCAGUACCGAGCUUACGAAUUAAAUCUAUUUGUAAUUCUGCAUAUACGACGAAAGGUUAUUUUUGCAUUUUAAAUAUAAAAGAUGAACAGCCUAAUGAAGAACCUAAAUAUCAUUUGGCUAAAAUCAUAUUUCAAAGUACUGGUUCGGUUGUUAAUGUAGAAAAAUCUUCAAAUUUUAAAUUAUCUAGAGAUUUAGAAGAAAACACAGUAUUUGAUUUUUUAUAUCAUGGUGGUUUUUUAGUAAUUAUUUUCAACAUUUUAGAAGAUACCAUUUUUAAAACAUUUCAAGUAAUUAUUCUUGAUAAUAAUGGAAAUUACAACACCACAUUGGACCUUCCUGAAAAUAUAACAAUUGCUAAUAGACUUGCAACAAGCGUUUUUCGAAAUAGUUAUAUUGUUGUUCAUCAAGAUAAUUAUUAUACUUGGACAAUUUAUUCGGUUGAUCUUCCAAAGUUCACUUCUAAAGACAAUGGUUAUAAUAAUCCAAAUAUUAAAACUACCUAUCCAAUCAUUAAUUCUAACGUACCUUUAUCAACAAUUACCAUUAAUGUUACUUAUAACUUUCCAAUAACAAUUUCAACAAGUAAUAUUUCUAUUUAUCAGAAUAAUAAUAAUUAUCCUAUAUUACGACAAUCAGUUCCAGGCAACUCUCCGCUUUUAUAUAGCGUUGAUAACAAAACAAUAAUUUUAGAUGUUUUGGAAAGUACAUUUAAUCAACCAAAUGCAAAUUAUUACAUUGUAAUUAACGAUAAUGUUGUUAAAGAUUGGAAAACAAAUCAGCCUUUAAUAGGUAUUGAAAGUAAUAUCUGGAAGUUUAAUACUACUGAUUAUCAAGAUAUUUUUGCGGAGGAUGCAGUUGGUUUAUUUUCUUUAACAACUGAAGGAACAAAAUAUUUCAAAAGUUUAUCACCAUAUAUUCAAACGAGAUUUUUAACACAAUUAAGAAUUGAUUUAGCAAAUUCAAUACCUGUCGACGUUAAAAGAUUAAAUGAUAUUAAUUACGAAUAUGAUGAAAAUCAACAAAUCUUUUUAUCAUUAUCUAUUAAAUCAACAACAAAUUUAAAUGAGAGAAAUGUCGAUCAUAUCAUGAAAGAUUUAGAUCUUUUGAUUAAAUAUAAAGAAAUUACUCCUAUUUCUUGGUUUGGUACGACAAACCUUAUCGAUACAAGUUUUGGAUUUCAACGUAUCAGUAAUAUUUUUGAUGAUGUCAAAUUUCAUUUAAUUGGUAUUGUUAUAGGAGUAACAAUUUUAGGUUUACUUUAUUUUUAUGCCAGAAAAAAACAUUAUACGGGUAAAAAUAUUGUAAUAUUUAAAUUUUCCUUAAUUAUUUUGGAUUUCAUUUUGGAUAUUUUAUUUAUUCCGAAGAAUGGAAAAAAAGCUCCACAAUUAUUUAUUCCAAGUAUAAUGUUCUGUGUAAUACCAACGGCAAUAAAUUCCAUAAUGAGUAUGAUUAUAAUUCUUCAAGAAAUUACAAAAAAUAAAGAUUUCUAUGAAUGGUUUAAAAAUAAUACCAAUAUAGCAGUUUUAUUUACAAUAUUAGCAGGAGCUGAUCUUGAAGUAUUAAAUAUACUUUCUUCUGAAGUUGCUGGAAUAAUGAUAUUUAGUGCUCCUAUUACAAAAAUAGCACAAUAUUAUAUAUUUUGGGGGAGUUUCUUAGGAUUUUUAAUUGAAGAUAUUCCUCAGUUUAUAAUACAGGUGAAUGGACCAUUACAGAUUCUAUUAUGUCGAUACGUUCCUUGA